ACAGGACCUUUAUUUUGACAGAAUUUGACUCACUACUGUAGUCAAGAGUUGCUAUAAUCAAAAUGCUGUUAUGCAGAACUGGUAACAUACAGAUCACAUACAACUUAUAACACUUAUAUUGUCUUAUAUAUAAUAUUGACAUCAAAUCUGUCAAAUCUAUAUUGAAAAAAACUACACAUGUACUCUACACCAAACACAAAGAUGAUAUGAACAAUGAAUGCUAUACUUGAACAUGGCCAGCUGUUUACAUUAAACUUUAUAUUUUAGGCUUCAAAGAAUGUUGGUGUUCCGUUAUUUAUAACUAUAUAUAUGAUCGUUAUUUUAGUCCUGGGGAAUAGACGAUAAAAUGUAUGUUAACAGAAGAUUUGGUUUGCUUCACAUAUCGUUGAAAUUACCGACACUACAGCUACCAAGAUGCAAUGCAGAAGAUAAUACAAGCCACUGUCAAUGGCCCAACGUGAGAGCCAUAAUUCAGGGAAGGUAGACUGUGUUUAAUAGUAGCGGUUUACGCAGCUAGCAAGCUAAUUAUAAUUUCUUUGUGGAGUGUUUAGAUUAAUAUAAAAAUAUGUCAGGAGACGAGAUGAUAUUUGACCCCACUAUGACCAAAAAGAAGAAGAAAAAGAAGAAGCCUUUCAUGUUGGAGGAAGAAGGAGGAGAAGGAGAAGAUGUGAUGCAGAUUGAGACAAAGGAGCCUGAAGUAGAUGGAGGAGAAGAAAAAGACUUGGAUGCAGAUGAAGAUGAUGGGAAAAAGAAAGAAACAUCAGAUGACCUUGACGACCUUAACUUCUUCAACCAAAAGAAAAAGAAAAAGAAAUCCAAAAAAGAAAAGAUUUUUGACAGUGAGCUGGAGGAAGGAAUGAAGGAGCUGAAAAUUGAAACAGAACCAUCAGAGAUUCUAGAUGAUGAUGAUUUAUUUCCUGCAAAAAAGAAAAAGUCCAGAAAGGUUAAAGAUUUUCAGGAUGACACUGACAUUCAAAACAGAGAUGAUGGUCUUGACGAUGAUGACAGUAAAAACUUGGAUGACAUCACAUUCAGCACCCAGACAGGGCCUGCUUGGGCAGGCUCAGAGAGGGACUACACAUAUGAUGAGCUUUUAAGCAGAGUCUUUAAUAUCAUGCGGGAGAAGAAUCCAGACAUGGUUGCUGGAGAAAAGCGGAAGUUUGUAAUGAAGCCCCCUCAGGUCGUCAGAGUUGGCACUAAAAAGACCUCCUUUGUAAAUUUCACAGACAUCUGCAAAUUGUUGCAUCGACAACCCAAACACCUUUUGGCAUUCUUACUUGCUGAGUUGGGUACAAGUGGUUCUAUAGAUGGAAAUAAUCAACUUGUUAUCAAAGGAAGGUUCCAGCAAAAACAGAUAGAAAAUGUAUUACGAAGAUACAUAAAGGAAUAUGUGACGUGCCACACAUGUAGGUCUCCUGAGACCAUCCUGCAGAAGGACACUCGUCUGUAUUUCUUACAGUGUGAGACAUGUCAUUCCCGCUGUUCUGUUGCAAGCAUCAAGAUGGGCUUCCAGGCUGUCACUGGCAAAAGAGCACAGCUGCGUGCCAAAGCCAACUAAUGCUGCUCUAGACCACUUGCAUUCCAUAGCACUGCACACAACUCAAGAAUUUCUUGAAUUCUUAACAAAAUUGUUGGUGUUCAUUCGAAUCAAAUGGAGGCCAAAUGCUGUCAGACACUUGUAAAAUAGUCAGUGACCCAUUGCAGCUUCAUUAACCUGGAGUGUAAGGGUUGCUUAAAGUUGUGCAGUCUGGCUGUGAAGCAUGACAUUUACAGUGAAAUGCAGUACAGGAUCCUGAGGCCUGGACAUUUUUAUGAACUGUUGAAUUUAUUACUGCUGCCUUGUUGGUGUAGGAAAAAAAAAUCACUAAAAUGCAUACCAGCUGGCCGAUAAUGUGCUGUGUAGAUUCAGUGUAGGAAAUUAAAAAAGUUCAGUAUGUUGAUGAAAUAAAGAACUAAUGUGCGUGCUUGCGAACGCGCAUGUCCAAAGAUUACUAUCGUUCACCAACUUUUUACAACAUGAUCGAGAAUGUUUUAACUGCUUCAGUCAAGGUUGAACGGUAAUAACUGUCCAUAGAUAAUUAUUAAAACAAGCAGAGUUACCAACAGUAAAAAGUGUAAAAAAUGUUUGCCUAUUAAGAUUAUAGAAAUAGAUUAAAAUGAUUACUUUGGUUUAGAAUGCUUCACACAUAUUCUGUGCCCAAAACUUGUAGUUGUCAUGUUGCAGACAAUUGAAAAUUACAAUUUAGUUUUUUGAUGCAAGUAGAAGUUGUUCCAUGCAAAUAGGUGUCCUCAUAUCAUCACCUAUUACAGUGAAGGAAAUGGCAUAGUCAGUAUAUAGUGUGCAGCCUAGAAAAAUGCCAAAAGCAAAUGGGAACAAUCUAAGGGAUAAGAUUCAGGGAUAGACAUGCAGCCAUGCACCCGUUUAGACCACUUGACUUAAAUGGUUGUGGCUUUCAAUGACGUCAACUUAUUUUGUAGAAUCCAUUAUGAGCAGUUUGAUCACUUGGAAUGUAUUGUGGUCAAAUGAUGCAAAAUAAUGCCUUUGAGAGGAUCUUGAUAAAGGAUGCUGAAAAGCUCUGAGCUUGUUUGCUGCAAUGCAGCUGUGUAUAGUUAAUGUGCAAAUCAACUUAUUGAACACGUCUUGUCUGUGUCAAAAGUUGCUGCUCAAGAACUGGAUUCUACAGACAAUAUCUGCAUCACCAGAGAUGCUCAUCCUCUCACAAAUCUUCAUGGCCUACUAAAACCAAAAAAAGAAGCACUAUAAUGAGAACAAUGUACUUUUUUUUUUUUUUACCUACCUGUGAUUAUUUAUACAAUAUAGAUGACAUUCUGUAUACCUUUCCUGGAGUUGUGGUUGUGUAAACCCAGCACAAAGAAAGAACAGUGAACUUGUCUCACCUCAUGUCUUUGUGAUUUGCUAGGUGGAAGUGACUGACCCAUGUUUGAACUUUGGGCUUCUACAGCAUUUAUUUGCAUUGUGUGCAAUCACUUGGAAGUCAAGGUUCAAAGUUAGGGAUUGUCAGGCUGUCCAGGUCUUGCAAUCACUUUUUUAGGUAUUGAACUGUAGUAUAUUAGACCAGUCUUGAGACCAUAAAUUAAUGUUGAGACCCUAUCGAGCUCAACGUCAUUUGAAAUAAGUCUUGGAAAUUGUUUAUGAGACCAGCUAGCUAAUACUAAAUAAUGCUUUAAAAAUGGUUUUGCCUGGCUAACAAGAUACAUCUAAAUUUUCCCUUUCAUGAUAACUCAGUUGUAUUGGUGGUUGUUCAUUGGUUUCAAAAUGCAAACAGACCCCAUGUGCAGAUUGCAACAUUAUUACUGUUUAAUCAUUUAAAAAUAAAAAGAGUACAUGAAGGCACUGAACCUUUUAUAUACAGGAACCUAACCAAAAGCUAACAUAAAUAAAUCUUGAACAUAGUUUUAAAAAUUGGAAGUGUGUCUGACUUACAAACUAAUGGUGGAAGGCUGGUCCAUAACUGAGGGUCUUUAUAUAAAUAUCUUUAUAUGGAGUCUUUUCAUCUCUCCAUAUUGUCAGUUAUACUAUGGUAUACUAUUACAUAGAUGAUUUGGCUUAGUCACUGGGGGCUUGGACUUGGACAUUUGUAAAGCUGCUUUGUGACAACAUAUGUUGCAAUAAGUGCUAUAUAAAUUGGAUUUGAUUAGAUUUGAUGGUUUCAUUAGCAUAUUUUGGCCCUGAUUGAUCAGCACAACAGUAGCAAAAAACUAAACUAGUCUUGGUAUAAAAGGCCAUAGAUAACUAUUUUGCUUUUGUCUUGAAUAACUCAGUAUACCAUUAGUAAUGUGUUUACUGUUUAUGUUAGGAAAGUAAUGAAUGUGAAAUUACUUGCAAAUAAGGCAACUCUAACAAUGAAUCAAAGAUACAUUUACAUUUUCAGCAUACUCAGCUCUUAUUCAGAGCAUCAAUGUCAUCAGUUUGACUGUAGUGUUUUUCAGUAAUUUUACAUGUUUUUAUUUGCAGAUUUAUUUUGUGUUCUUCCACAUCUUGUUUCUGUAUGUCAUAUAAAAUCAAUUGUUAUAUUCAUAUAGUUCAUAUAAUAAUUAUUAUUUAUUUUUGUGUGUGUGACAAAUGUCAGCACUUAUUUGCCAAUAUCCAGUUUGUAUGUCAAGGGUGCUAAAGACAUUGGUUCUGUGCAAAAACUCAUUUCAUGAAUUUGGCCUUAAUCCACACAAAACUGCCCUUUUAAAACUACAUAUCUGUAUCUAAAACAAUUUGAUCUUCAGGAAGUACACCCAGGCAUAUCAACUACUGACAAGUGUCUAGUAAAGGAGUGGAUUUGUAUGGCAACUGUUGUUAUGACCAUGAAAUGAUAUUCUAUGUCUAUGAAAAUAUAUUGUUUUGCUUUAUAUAUUACAUUUUUUUUUUGUUUGUUAAGAAUAGUUGAAUGGAGAGGAAUAAGAUUAGUAAGUAAGAUACUAAUGAACUAUGCACUAUAAAACAGACUAGUCAUCAAUUAGAAAAGACUUUAUAGGAAGUCUAAGCUCUCUGUUCAUGUGGAAGCUUAUAAGCAGCACUUGACUACUUAUAGUGAUACUUUACUCACUGCUAAUUCAACCUAUUUGUCCAGCCUCAUUAACAGUACAAACUCCCAUCUCUUCUUAACAGUCAAGCUAUUUAAACCCCCUGACAGCACCGUAGUUGCUUCUCCUUGCUCUUUGAAUCCAAAAUUUGAGUCCUGUGUCAUACCAACAGUGAGGCAUAUUGAGACCAUUCAUAUGUGGGGUUACUUAGAAAUUUGCCUAAGAACACUGCCAUGAAUAAGGAAUGGUAUCAAAACAUCCUCCCAGAGCAA